CCUACAGUAUAUAAAUAUGUCACAGCUUCAGAAUCUGAGAUCUUUGGAGUCAAGAUGAAGAUACUGGUUCUUUUUGCUGUGGGAGUACUGGGCUGCAGCCUGGCUGGUGCUGCAAUUGUGUCCAAAUGUGAUCUGAUGAACAAGCUGAAGACAGCAAUCCUAAAGCUGCCAGGAAACGUGUCGAUGUCAGGACUGACUUCGGAUGACUUUGUGGCCAAGAUUGUCUGUCAUGUGGAGAUGGGGUCAAAGUUCAACACCAGUGUUGUGACUAAACUGAGCAGUGAUCAGGGAGGGUCAUCUGAGGAAAGAGGAAACAUGGGAAGAAACAAUGGAGGAAAACAUGAAGAAAACAAUGGAGGAAAGAGUGAAGGAAACAAAGGAGGAAACAACGGAGGAAACAAUGGAGGAAACAAAGGAGGAAACAACGGAGGAAAGAGUGAAGGAAACAAAGGAGGAAACAACGGAGGAAAGAAGUAG